UUGUAAUCAAAAUGAAAGAAAUCAGGCUAGGCGAGAACUUAAUAGGUAUAAUAUGCAUCGCAUAGCAAGAAAUAAUAUUGCUAUAGAGAGUAACUACCUCGGAGAAUUAAACCAUAAUUGUCAGUAUUGCAGUGCAAAGAAGUUUUUAAAUGAAACUCAUUUUUUGUGCUGCCAUUCAGGAAAAGUUGUAUUAGCUCCUCUUUCUCUUUAUCCGCCAUUGUUGACUGGUUUAAUGACAGGAAACCAUGUUGAUCAUGCUGUAAAUCAAAAUUUUUUUAAACACAUAAGGAGUUAUAAUUCCUCUUUAUCUUUUGCUUCCUUCACUGCCGAAAUAGCUCCUCCCUCAAAUAAUGACCCUUUCUGUUUUAGGGUCUGUGGGCAAAUUUUGCAUCGUGUUGGAAAUUUAAGGCCUGCAGAAGGUUGUCUGCCCAAAUAUUGUCAGCUGUAUAUCUAUGAUCCUAAUGCAGCAGUGUCAUUCAGAAUGGAACAACCUGGUAAUGAUGGUUGUAUACAUGAGUUAAUGCAACUCUUGCAAACAUUAAUUAAUCAAGAAAACCCAUUUGCUCUUGCAUUUAAAAACAUGGCAGAAGUAGAGGAUGAAGAAAUCCGCCAAGCAGCUUUAGAAGGUAGACCAACCUCUGUUGUAAGAAUGUCUUUGCUUGAAGGUCAUGAUAGACGUCGAUACAAUCUUCCUUCCCAUGAGGAAGUUGCUAUUGUGUUUGUGGGAGAUGAUGGUGCUCCACCUUCAUCCAGGGAAAUUGUUAUAUACCCUCGAGGUCAGCCUUUAAGAACAAUUUCGUCUAUGUCUGCAAAUUUGGAUCCUUUGGUACAUCCAAUAUUCUUCCCGAGAGGUGAUGCUGGAUGGCACAAUCAACUAGAGCACAACCCUGACCGUGCAACCCGUGUUAGAAACCAUGUUACUUUGUCUCAGUAUUAUAAUUAUAGGCUUGCUGUUAGACAAACUUUUAGUCCUAUAUUCUAUGGUAAGAAACUUUUUCAGCAAUAUGUUGUUGAUGCAUAUGUCAAAGUUGAGGGACAGCGCCUUGCUUUUAUUAGAAAUAACCAAAACAAACUUAGAAGUGAGCAAUAUGAUGCAUUGCAUGAACAUGUAAUUAAUCGUGCUAAUGAUCUUAAUGUAAGACCAGGCCAUGUUGUUAUAUUGCCUUCUUCAUAUGUUGGUAGUCUAAGAGCAUUAAAAGAAAACUUUGAAGAUGCGAUGGCAGUCAUAAAGAAAUAUGGUAAAUCAGAUCUAUUCAUUACUUUUACCUGCAAUCCAAAAUGGAGAGAAAUAGUAGAAAGUUUAAACCCAGGCCAAACUGCUAAAGACAGACCUAAUUUAGUUUGUCGGGUAUUUAAAAUGAAACUUAAAUUUUUCUUAGAGGAUAUUUUUAAGCAUGGAGUCUUAGGCAAAGUUGUAAGUCAUGUGCAGGUUAUUGAGUUUCAAAAGCGUGGUUUGCCACAUGUACAUAUUAUUUAUCUCUAGCUGCUGCUUCUUCUGCUAC